AUGUCAGGAGGAGUCGGGCCGAGCGCAGACAUAACCCUACCGAAGGACCAACAAGAGCAAGAACAAGGCCACAAAUUUGUCCAAGACAACAAAAAGACCCAAUUGCCACCGAAUUCCACCGCCGCCCCAAGAAACAGAGCAUCCCUCCUCAGCUUCUACCAGCUCAAUUCCCUCGCCGCGAUCAUCGUCCUCGCCGCCAGCGGACUCGUGGGGAUCUCCGACUUCGCAUUCGUCGUCUUCUCCCUCUUCUACAUCUUCCUCCUCUCCCGAUUCGCCUUCCCCCCGCUCCCUCAAAAGGACGCCAUGAAUCUCGACACCAGAUCCAGAACCCUCCGCCUCUACGUCUUCUUCGGUGCCGUCCUGGGGAUCUUCCUCCCCGUCGCCUACAUCUGCGAGGGGAUCCUCGAGGGGGACAAGGACGGGAUCAAGGCCGCCGCCCCUCACGUUUUCCUGCUCGCGAGCCAGCUGUUCAUGGAAGGCGUCGCCUUCUCCGACCGAUUCUCGCUCCCCGUCGGGAUCUUCGUCCCCGUAUUCUACAACUCCCGCCGCAUCUUCAGCCUCGCCGACUGGCUCCGCAGCGAGCUCGCGAAAUCAGAGGGCGUCGGUGGUGGCGGCGGCGGGAGGCUGUAUUUCGGGAGGGCUCUGGCGGUGGCGAACAUGGCGUUUUGGGGGUUCAACCUGUUUGGGCUUCUGUUGCCUGUUGCCGUACCGAUUUGUCUCAAGAAGUACUACGCCGCUUCUCUUAGCAAAGUCUCCAAAGACUGA